UAUCAACUAGCCACUUGUGACCCUGUGCCUGAGCAGACCAGUCCUGCAUUGCCAAACUGCCCUGAGCCUGACAGCUGACCACUGUCUCGAGAAAGAUUAAAUGGCGUGCAGGGUGGGGUGGGGGGUGAAGAAGAGGAGUACGCACUGAGUGGCCAGUAAAAGAAGAGACCUAAAAAGUUCUGCUGUGACUUUUUAAAGAGAAGAUAAAUGAGGAAAAUGUCUUAGGAGGAAUCGUUUCAACACAACUGAGAGGCCUCAUGACAGGUCGCUAGGACGGAUCCAGUGUACUGUCGCACGGAAUACCGACCCUUAUGGUCGGAAGCGAUUGGCUUCGACUGCGGGGAAUCAACUGAGGAUGCAGACAUCUACUCUGAGCACCGCUGACUAGCAUCCGACAAGGACUUGUUCGCGCGCGCGCUGUGUGUGUGUGUGUGUGUGUGUGUGUGUGUGUGUGUGUGUGUGUGUGUGUGUGUGUGUGUGCGCGCGCGCGGGGGGGGGGGGGGGCGCUCACGCUUGCCCGAGUGCGUAUUUUUGUGUGUCACUAUGAGUCUUGUCUCGGGCUUCCCUCACCACCCGGUCAUGCACCACCACGACAGCCACCACUAUUCGCUGCAUGCGGCGGCGGCCGGUCGGUGUCACGAAGACACCGGUGCUCCACCAUACUUCACAAGCUGGUUGAUAAGUCACGCGGAUAUGUCACCUACCGAGUAUAGCCUUGCGCCCGGCUAUAGCCCGGAGUACCAUGGCAACAGCGGCAGUGGGUCAACCGUCGGACUGGACCCGCACCAUCACCACUACUAUGGCCCUGGAGGGUUAGUUCCAGGAGCCGCCACCAUCUCGAUGAACGGAACCACGGUUGGUAUGCACCAUCAUCACCACACUCAUCCUCGGACCGUGAAGCGAAGACCAACGGCCAAUCGCAAGGAAAGGCGGCGGACCCAGAGCAUUAACUCAGCUUUUGCGGAGCUGAGGGAAUGUAUCCCUAACGUCCCGGCCGACACCAAGCUGUCCAAGAUCAAGACGCUGCGCUUGGCCACCAGCUACAUCUCUUACUUAAUGGACAUCCUAGACAAGGACGAACAACACGGAGACACUCAGGCUUUCAAGGCCGAGCUAAAAAAGACGGAGGCUCGGGAAGAGCGGCGGAAAAGAGAGGCGGUGGAGAUCUCGAAGACUUCGUCCUCCAACUCCUCGUCGUCCUCCUCGUCAGCGGGCGAUAAGAAAAGUAAGGGCCGGACAGGAUGGCCUCAGCAUGUCUGGGCUCUGGAACUCAAACAGUAGUCCGUCUCUGCCCCAAUGUCUCCCUGUCGCAGGCUGACAGCACUCCUUCCCUUCUCAAGCUCGGUCGUCGAGGAGAACUGCGAAUAGGAGAGAGCGUUCAGACGAACUGUAACGGGAGUCGUCCUGGCUUCCUAAGGUUGUCGAGGCUUCCCACACAAACAGUAGCUAUACAGGGACGCUGCGUGAGGCUCUGUUCAGGUGUGACGCGAAGGCAAUGACAGUUUGCUGUAAUUUAGGAUUAACACACACACACACACACACACACACACACACACACACACACACACACACACACACACACACACACACACACACACAACAGCUACAAUUAAUCAGCAAAACUCCACUUUAUAUUCUAACUUAAGAUCCACAAAUGAACCACAAACAAAACUGCUUUAGUGGUCAUGCUUGAUAUCAGUGAAAGGUCAUCUGUUGGACUCCGUGUGGUGGAAUAAACGAGUGGUCCAUCUGCGCAGACCGCUGAGUUAUGUUCUACCAGAUCAUACCACUUCUGGACUGUUGGCAAAUUUCUUGUCCAGGACGUGUGCGACUCCCACACACAGAAUUACACAAAAUUACAAACACAUACACAGAUUCACACACAGGGUCUUGAGGCGUUUGCUUUAUUUAAGGAAAAAUAUUUAUGUGCAAUGUGACCUCUGGAAGGAUACAAACAGCCAUUGUGUCUGAUAUUACAGAGUAUCUGUGGUUACAGGACAAGGUGUAUGUGAAGAUCUCUUCUGUUUCUCCGUCUUUCUCUUACAGUUUAUUGUUGUAAAUGUAAUGUCGUCACGGCAGAUGACGACGUGUCCACGUUGUGGUGUCAAAAUGUCUCGGGAGCCAAGUAAUGCUUUAUGUGUCAUGAAAACACGAUUUGAAUAAACCACCACCUGGUAACUGG